CUCGCCGCCUGAAAUAAAACCCUUCCAAGACUUCUUCACCAACUUUAAAUCCAUCCCAAGGAAUUUACUAAUGGGAAACUGUUAAAAGAGACCCACUUUCCGAUGGUGACCCGGAUCAGUUUGGCGUUUUAUUUAUUAGGAAGCCCGCCCGGUCGCCUUUAUGAUGGAAACGUGCGCUCGCCGUGUGCUUUUCACGGCCGCUCUGCUCGUCCUCAGUACUGUGAUAGCGGAAACUUUCUCCACAGACUCGGACACCGAUAAUCCACUGAGUACAGAAACUUUUUAUAGCCGAACAAGUGGCUUGAAACAAACCUCCUCCUGGCCAGGGAGAGAGGCCACUGCCACAGCCGUGGAUCUAUCGAGCGGACUGGGAGAGAUGACGGAGAUUCCCGCCAGUGUAUCCAUCACUGCAGCCCGAGAGGGACAUUCACCAAAACCUUUACAAACCUCUACAAAUGCAGCGGAUUGGAAGACCAGUAUGACCUCAGAUGAGACAACAGAACAUCUUCAAUCUGACACUGAGCUUACCCAUAAUGCGACCGCCCAAUGGGAGAGUCCAUCAUCAGCAUCUCACAGCAUUACCAGCCACCAUCCAGUAACAGAGACACGAACCGUGCGAGAUGUAACAGAUCUGAUAGACAUGGACACCACAGACUCAGUCUCCCACACUGAUAGCACCUACAUUUCCACAACCAACCGAGUUGGAGAACGCACACUGCUCUCAGUGAUCUCCAACAGCACCUUUGCGUACACCCAGAACUCAAGCAUCUCUGAUGCAGAGUCUCAAACGUCCCCAUGGGAGGAGAAGACAUCAGGAGCCACCCAAGUCAAUGAGGAAACUGAAGAAACUGUGUCAACAGUGUCCGAACAGACUGAUCCCACUUUUGAAGACCGCAAUAUCACCAGUGCAACUCUGGAGACUGGGCGGUCAACAUUAUUCCAAGGCACUGAGUCACAGACAGGACAACCUAGUGUCACAGGACAGACCGCUAAGGAGGUGACUGAUAUCGACAAUCCAAAUUCAACACCGCCUCUCACAGUAACCAGUAGGGAUGUUGAGGAAACAGAUGCCACAUCAGUGAGCAGUGAGACAUCUUAUACACAAACCAGCAGUGACUCUGCCUCCUCAAUCUUGCCUUUUACUUCUAGUGAACGCAAUGUCACUAGCACGUCCCAAGAGAGCCAUAAUUCCACACUCAUUUAUUCCACAAAUACUGGUGGUUCCACUGAGUUUUCGACUGGAUCAGUGAGCUCUACCGCCCAUGAAGAAACUGAACGGUCUUCAACUCAAAUAGUAGAUGAGACAACCCUUCAUGAUGUUACUUCUGCACCCCCAGUGCUUGAAGAUGUAGCCACAACUAUCGAUGACUCGCUUUCCAAGUUCCCUUCCGGCCAAUCGCCUACCAUCCCUAAAACCGAUGACCAAACCAACACACAAGUGGUGCCAACAUCAACUCAUAGGCCACAGGUUACAGAUGAAGCCACCGAUGAGGUGUCUACAGUUUACAGUUCUACCACUACUUUAACUACCACAACUCCUUCUGUCACCACUAGACAACUCCAACCACACCACACCACAGUGGAAACCCAAACACAACACACUACCAUUGUUACCACCGAUAUCAUUCAGGUACUGCGAACGACACCUUCUACAGCCCAUCAUGUGCCUACAUCGACUACCAGUGGACCACAGGCUCCAAGUACAGCUGAUUCUUCUGACGUCACCACAUUGCACUUGGAAACCAGCACAGCCACGCCGGGGAACACUACGGCGCACGGUGGACGUGCAACAACGCCUUUUAGCAAGAGCAGCCCGAGUAGAACAACUGUGGUAGUGACCACUGGACAUCUCACUGACAAAAGCACUACAGAGACAGGAAGCGCAACCACGCAGAUGCCUCUUAGAACAUCAGCAUCACCAGGUCAUGUAUGUGGACCUAAAACCUGUGCAAAUGGAGGUCAUUGUGUUAGAUCAGCUGAAGGAAGUUACUACUGUCAGUGUCUCUCCGCAUGGACCGGACCCUUCUGCACUGAAGAUGUGGACGAGUGUGUGAACAGUCCAUGUCCUCAGGGUUCAGUGUGUGUCAACACAGGUGGUUCUUUCAGCUGUGAAUGUGACCUGGGCUUUGACCUGGAGGAUGGCCGCAGUUGUACACAAGUCAAGACAUUUUUGGGCACUUUCACAGUCAACAACUCUCUUCAUCUCAGAAAUUUAGGUCUGCACGAGCUACACAGAGAGAUCCAACAGCUGCUCAAUGCUUCUCUCUCCAUCUUCCAUGGUUAUAGACGCUUUACCCUGGGUAAAAGAGAUGGACAAGGUGUGCAAAUCCCAGUGGUGAGCAUGUUUUCACUCUCCUCCAAUGUGACCAGCGCGGAUGUUUUCAACAGCAUCCAGAUGUCCCUUAACAACUGCAGCCGGACAUACUCGCACUGUCCCAUUAAACUUCAGCACCAGCUCUCCUAUCACGUGGAGAGCCUGUGCAUGGCCCAGAAGACCAAGUGUGAUGUGCAGUACUCAGAUUGCUCGGAUAUUAGCGGGAUUCCCAACUGUCAGUGCCUUCCUGGGUACUUUAAAAGGAACCCAGAAGACAUGACCUGCAGAGACUGUGGAGAUGGACUCAAGCUUGUUAAUGGCAAAUGUGUCGAAUGCAUGUUUGGAUUUGGAGGUUUCAACUGCAAUAAUUUCUAUAAGCUGAUAGCCGUGGUGGUCUCGCCUGCUGGAGGAGCUCUUCUGUUGAUUGUGGUCAUUGCUCUUAUUGUCACCUGCUGCAAAAAAGACAAAAACGACAUCAACAAGAUCAUCUUCAAAAGUGGAGAGCUUCAGAUGUCGCCAUACGCAGAGUUUCCUAAGAGCAAUCGCGUGUCCAUGGAGUGGGGUAGAGAGACUAUCGAGAUGCAGGAGAACGGCAGUACAAAAAACCUCCUGCAAAUGACUGACAUUUAUUACUCGCCUGCACUGAGAAACUCCGACCUGGAGCGUAAUGGUCUGUAUCCAUUCUCGGGCCUUCCUGGUUCAAGGCAUUCCUGCAUCUAUCCGGCUCAGUGGAACCCUUCCUUCUUAAGCGACGAUUCACGCCGAAGAGACUACUUUUGACAGCUUUACCCAGCAGGCAUGCAAUCUUGAUGCUGCAUGUAAGCUCUCUUGGCCUGUUGCAGAUCCUGUAGCUCGAUUCUGACCACUAAAGGCCUUUGAAUGUGAAAAUGAGCUGGCAGGAAAAGGCCAUUAUCUGUGAGACUGGAUGAAAGCCGCAGAGCCCUGUCGGGGUCAAUUUAGCAUUCGGACAAAGUGCCACAAAAAGAUUUUAGUAUGGAGCUGAUGAAGUGAUGUUCUCCGCUCCCCACAGACCGCUUAUUAUUAAGCGCAAGUCAGCGAAUUUAGACUAGACGGAGGAAGAAUAACAACACAAGAUGCCUGAGCUACAAUCUAAAUUUAUAUUAUGAAAGUUUGCACUAUGAACUUCUCACACAGAUAUUAUUUCAAAUGGAGAAAGCCAUAAAUGUAUCAUAUUUAUACUUGGAAUGAUUUACCCAGCUGGUUUGUACUGUGUUAAGGUUUUGUGAAGGACAAAAUAUCUGGAUGUUUGUUUGAGUAUGUGCAUCAAUAGCUGAAGAGAUAAUUUACCCCUAGAUUUUAAUUCUGUCAUUAUUUACUGUCGUACACGGAUGUCCAAACUCAAUCCUGGAGUGCUGGUGUCCUGCAGGCUUUAGCUUCAACCGUAAUUAGACAUCUUAAUCAGCUAACCAAGCUCUAUCUAGGCCAGGGGUGCUCAACCCUGUACCUGGAGAUAGGAAUGGCUGACAUGAAACUGACGUUUCAACACCGUGUCCAGAUCCCGAAACACUGCACUGAAGCAUGAUCCGAAACACCCAGGUCUCACUGGAAGUACUAGGUCAUCCGGAGAAGUACUUCUCGCAUACUGAUUUUCGAAUUCUUUGAAUUCGGACAUACUACUCAGCUCACAUACUGAUUUUUGCGUAUUGCAUAGUAUGGAAGUAUGCAGUUUUGGACGCAGCCACGAUCUCUGCAAGUUAGUCAGGAACUCUCACCACUUCACUAAAUGACUUGAAGCUUCAACUCUACAACGUGAGGUUUGAUACCUCAAUUUGGUUAACUUUUUCUUCGCUGAAGCUAUUCCAGAGAAAUACAUAAAAAUGACCACUAGGUGUCACUGUAGAGUGGGGUUUCUAAACGUUUCGAAGCUUUGAAACAUUUGCUUUGACUGUUUCAGUGUUUCAUGAAGCCUCGCUUUGCCCAUCACUACUUGGAGAUCUACCUUCUUACAGAGUUCAGCUCCAACCCUGAUCAAACACACCUGAGCCAAUUAAUUAGGACCUGAACAGCACUGGAUAAUUACAGGCAGGUGACUAGGACACCCCUGAUCUAGGCAUACUAGAAACUUCCAGGCAGGUGUGUUGAGGCAAGUUAGAGCUAAACUAUGCGGGAGUUUGGGCACCUUUGCUCUAGUAAUCCUUUGUUAGGAGUUGUUUGUUACAAAAUGUUCAGCUCUUUGCUGUAAAAUGGUUUAAGAAUCAAGUUUUUAAAGCAUAAA